CAUCCCGGCUCAGGGUCUCAUUCAUGCUUCAAGACAGCAGUUCACUACAAGCUUCCUGGCCCUCGGAUCAACUGUUUUGAUCCGAUCUGGCCUUGUGACAAAGGAAGACUUUCUUGCACACACGUAUUUGAAAGAAUAUCCUGAGACAGACUCGCUGCGUGGAGCCGAGCAGGUGAUCCGCUGCGCUCGAACUGACGCUGGAGAUAUGCGCCUGGACAAUGCUGGCAAUCAGUGGAGGGAUAUAUUUACCGCCGUCGUUUGAACCUUAAGUCUGUGUGGAUUUUUUUGUUUUUAUUAAGACGCCUUCUGCAGCAUUAAACACCCUCAUUUCCCCCCUGAAAGCUCUGCGAAGGCUCAGUGUUUUUUCUGCGGCGCUCUGGAUGAGCGCAGCGCGUUGAAGUGGACCUUCUGUUGUUUGCCAAAGUGCUUAAACUGUCCAGCUCAGUAUCUUUUUUCCCCCCUCAAGUUAAAAAAAGUGCACCACACGAACAGGACAGGGCUUAAAUGUUCGGGAUCCAGGAGCACCUCAUACGAGAAGUGAGCGGAUUAAAAGAAAGAAGUCUCGGAGAGGAGAUGGAUCCAGUCCGGUCGUGGGUGCGUAAUGUCGGGGUUGUGGACGCGAACGUCGCGGCGCAAAGUGGAGUAGCUCUGUCUAGAGCUCAUUUUGAGAAGCAGCCGCCCUCAAAUCUCCGCAAGUCCAACUUCUUCCACUUUGUCCUGGCGCUCUAUGACAGACAUGGCCAACCUGUGGAGGUGGAGAGGACUGCGUUUGUGGACUUUGUUGAGCACGACAAGGAGCAGACGGGAGAAAAGACCAACAACGGCACCCACUACAAGCUUCAGCUCCUCUACAGCAACGGUGUUCGUACAGAGCAAGAUCUUUACGCACGACUCAUCGACUCCGUCACUAAACAGCCCAUAUCGUAUGAGGGACAAAACAAGAAUCCAGAAAUGUGCAGAGUUCUGCUCACACACGAGGUUAUGUGCAGUCGCUGUUGUGAGAAGAAAAGUUGUGGCAAUCGAAACGAGACGCCCUCUGAUCCAGUCAUCAUCGACAGGUUUUUCUUGAAGUUUUUCCUGAAAUGUAACCAGAAUUGUCUGAAGACAGCAGGAAACCCGAGGGAUAUGAGGAGAUUUCAGGUGGUCUUGUCCAGCACCGUGAGUGUAGACGGUCACGUCCUGGCCGUGUCCGACAACAUGUUUGUCCACAACAACUCAAAACACGGUCGGAGAGCUCGCAGGCUGGAGCCGGGCGAGUCUGUGGAGAAUACCAUGGAAUAUGCCACUCCAUGUAUUAAAGCCAUCAGUCCCAGUGAGGGCUGGACCACCGGUGGGGCCAUGGUCAUAGUCAUCGGGGAGAACUUCUUUGACGGGCUGCAGGUGGUGUUUGGAAGCAUGCUGGUGUGGAGUGAGCUCAUCACGCCACACGCCAUCCGUGUUCAGACGCCUCCUCGACACAUCCCCGGGGUCGUGGAGGUCACACUGUCUUAUAAAUCUAAGCAGUUCUGUAAGGGAGCACCUGGACGCUUCAUCUACACGGCCCUUAAUGAGCCAACUAUAGACUACGGUUUUCAGCGUCUCCAGAAAGUAAUUCCUCGCCAUCCUGGUGAUCCAGAGAAACUAGCCAAGGAGAUCCUCUUAAAAAGAGCAGCAGAUCUUGUGGAGGCCCUGUAUGGAAAUCCACAUAGUAAUCAGGACAUGCUGCUGAAGCGUGCAGCUGACAUUGCUGAGGCGCUCUACAGUGUUCCUCGUCCUCACAGUCAGCUACAGGCGCUGCCCAGCUCGCCUGCCCACGGCAGCGUCAUGGGACUAGGCUCCUACCCGUCUCAGUUAGGUGUUAGCAUCGGAGAGCCAGGACAGAGCAGCCAAGGUUACAUCCGUAACUCCAGCAGUUUGUCUCCAAGGGGUUACCCAUCAGCCUCCACCCCUCAGCAGUCGAGCUAUGGGAGCAGUGGGGGGAUGACCGGAGGCUAUGGGACAGUUCCCAUGACUAGUCUAGGAGUCCCUGGAUCUCCUGGUUUCAACAGUGCCUCCCCCACAGGCUCUCCCUACAUAAUGCCCUCCAGUCCCACUAUACCAGGAAGCUCCAGCUCCUCGUCGUCUCUCUUGCCUUUCUCCUCCUUCCCGUCCGCUGCUAAACAGAAGAGUGCUUUUGCUCCUGUGCUCAGGCCCCAGGGCUCCCCCUCCCCUGCCUGCCCCGCCUCAGGGGGCAACAGCUUCAGAGGUAGUCACCCAACUCACUAUCUGACCCCCCUGUCUGAACUUACCAAUGCAGUCUAACCCCUCAUACUAACUAACCCGAAAGCUAUGACUGAACAAGACAGAGAACAGUUGCUGGAUGUACAAAAAUGCAAGACCUGAUUGAUUAGAAUCAUAGAUUUUGUAUAUUUUUUUCUCUCCAGCGAUGACGGGCCUGGUUGUUCCCCCGAUGUAGCAAAGCACCCGCCCCAAUCUACCCCAGACCACUGCUUCACUUAGCCCCUCUUUUGGCACUGAGAGGGCAGGGAGAACGGAAAAUUGAUCACUAGCGACCAUAUAAAACUUUCCUCCCUGACCGCUCCCUGUCCCCCCCUUCAGCCAUUUCUUAGUCUCUUUGUCAUCCAGUUGGAUGAACAGGACGGGGUAUGAAAAUGUCCAAAGACCAGCCAUCUACACAAGAUGCAGAGGAGAACACGUCACCCACAACUACAGACAGACUGUGCUCCUUAGCUAACAGCACAAGACCGGACCAAACACCACCAUGUGUGUAAUGAAGCAUCUGAAAGGAAACAGAGGAAAGUAGUUUCACCUCAAGCUUCAAAAGCAUCUGUGUUGACCUCUGGCCUACUAUCACAUGCAGUAUUCAGUAUUUCAACACCUGCCCAAACCUUGGCCAGAGACUUACAGGAUGCACUGUGAGAGCACUGAUGGAUGACAGACAACUCUGAUGUAAUGUUGCAGCUCUAAUAAGCAGGGUGCUACUUUGUCGAUGUAUGGACACCUUAAAUGGCAUGUAUGUACACUGUCUGUGAGUUAGCAAGAGGUUGUUUUUGCUUUUUUUUUUUUUGUAGUAGACUUUUUGAAGACAAUUUACAUUCCAGAAAAAUAGACUCUUUAUUUUUUGUUCUGAUGUCUACGGUUUUUCAAGGGAGAAGUCUUUGUCUCAAGGGUUAUUACUAAAGGAAUUCAUAUAUUGAUUUAUUUAAGAACAAGCAAUUUAACUUAUUAUAGUUAGUUUAGGGAAUAAUAUAAACGUGUUUUUAUAAAGUGGUCCUUUUUCCAUCUGUUACUGAAAUGAAGUUAUCUCAGCAAUUGCUAAAUAAUUUGGUAAAUGAUCAAAGGGAAAGGAUUUUUCAAUUUUGGAAUGGAUAAAUUCACUUUUUUGGAAUUAAAUACCCCCAUUUUGCAGGUUCUUGCAUAGCAAAAUAUUAAUGUUAUGCCCACAGUUUAAGAAGGAUAUUGUCCUUGUGUAAAGGAAAACAUUAGGUAGCCAUAUCCUUUUUCAUUUCACUUAAAAUGCAUGCUUUGUUACACCAGUGCCCUGAUACUUCUUUUUUUUUCAUUCCACAUUGCAAAUUUAAAUUUAUGUGACUACGGCUUAUAGAUUUUACAGUUUCCUUUUAGACGUCUCAGCCCAGUACAGGUUUCUAGUCACUAUGCAGUACAGUAAAUAAAAGCACAACUGCUCAAAAGAAAAGAACCAGGCGUAUUAGGUGUUCAUUAUCCCCCAUCAUCCUGUUUUUACUGCUAUUGUUAACUUUUUGUCAUCGCAACAAAAACCACAUUCUCAGGACGUGAAAACAAAGAACACAAAGAGUAGAUGACAUUUGCAAAAUUGUUUUUAGAGUUUGGUUAACUUUAUUUAUUUAAAAAUUAUUAGCAAUUUAAUAUUAUGUUUUUUGAAGCCAUUUUUUCUUUGAAACGAUACGGAAAAAAAGUGCAAAUGUGAUUUGUAUAUUUCAAGGUGUAAUUAUAUUUUGUGCUCCAAAUAAAACAAAUGAGAAAAAAAACA